GUUUGUAUCCGGGACGACUUCGGGGGGCGUGCCGCGUCGUUCAAAUCCAACCGGAACAAACGGAAAGCCCCAUUUCCGUGGGGAAAACACCAUCAAGUACGAGCGCCCAUCGGAAGCAAGGCGAUCUGGCGGGAGUAAGCGACGAAAAAGGCUCGAGGAAUCGGCGAACGCUUGGCCCGAAGAAGCGAUUCCCUUCCGGCGUCUCGGCGCUUUCGGCUGGACGCGUCCUGUCGAGAAUAUUUCCGCCGCUUUUCGAAUUUAUGAGCGGGUUUCUGCGCGAAGCGGGGAGUGCGCAUGCGCGGGCGGAUAUGCGGAUUGGCGCCGGCGCCGCAGCUGAUCCGCUCUCGCUCAUUCAUUCUUCCCCCCCUCGCAGCAGACGCACCAAUCCCGUCACCUCAACCAUGUCCAGGCGCAGCGACCGCAUCACCCUUCAAACCAGAGACUCAAACAUGCCCGAACCCGCCAUCAGACCGCCACUGAGGAAAAGGAAGUGCGAGCCCGCUGCGAAGAAGACGCAACCGUCUGUCAAGAAACAAAGCUGCUAUGAAAUUCAGAAAUGUUGGUCGGAAGACGGCGCGAGCCCGUGCGUCCUCAUCGAAACCCCGCACAAAGAAGUGGAGCCUACCGACCCGUCCAGCUUCAAGCAGUACCGCUUCAAAAACCUCUUCAUCAAGGCCUCGCCCCUCCCUCGCCUCAGUUGGGCCAGCUCGGACGACGUGUGGAUCAAGAUGCUCAACAAGGAUCUCAAGUACGUUCACGACAAGAGUUACAUGCAGAGACACCCCAAACUGCAACCCGGCAUGAGGGCCAUCCUGCUCGACUGGCUGCUGGAGGUAAGCGAGGUGUACCGGCUCCACCGGCAGACGGCGUACCUGGCGCAGGACUUCUUCGACCGCUUCAUGCUGACUCAGGAGGACGUCAACAAGGACUACCUGCAGCUCAUCGGCAUCACCGCGCUCUUCAUCGCCUCCAAGAUUGAGGAAAUCUACCCGCCCAAAAUCCGCGAGUUCGCCUACGUGACAGACGGCGCGUGCGACACGUGGGACAUCCAGUGCACCGAGCUUCAGAUCCUCAAGGCGUUGGACUGGAACCUUUGCCCCGAGACUCCCAUCUCUUGGCUCAAGCUCUACGCUCAGGUGGAGGCCCAGAAAGACAGCGAAAACUUCCUGGUGCCGCAGUUCUCGCAGGACACGUACAUCCAGAUCACGCAGCUGUUGGACUUGUGCAUGAUGGACAUCGGCUCGCUGGACUUCAGCUACAGCGUUCUCGCCGCCGCCGCAUUCUGCCACUUCUCAACCUUCGACAUCGUCAACAAAGUGUCCGGCUUGACGUGGGAAAGCGUGUCCGGAUGCGUGCGGUGGAUGAGCUCCUUUGUGGACGUGCUGCGCUCGGAGGACAAACCUCAGCUCAAGACCUUCGCCAAAGUGAACGACGAAGACCGACAUAACAUCCAGACGCACAUCACCUACUUGGACCUCCUGAGAAAAGCUCAAGAGCGCCAGAGUAAGGACACCGACGACUGCCCGCUGUCGCCCGCGGUCGCCGUGGCGCCCGUCUUGACUCCGCCCAGUAGCACGGAGAAACCGUCCAACCACUGAACAAGGGAGAACCUCGACGACCUUUUUUUACCAGCCAAAAAACAAACAAACAACGAAACAAGUUGAACUUCAAUCCAUGAAAUGAGAUUUUUGUGAAAGACUUCCUCGGUGCUUGUUCUUCACGGAGCCUUUCCCGUCCCGUCGCCGGCACGGGAACACGCAGAGCUUCGCGGUGACCACUCGUUUCGUGUCUGUUGUUUUUCUGACUGUUUCAUUCCUGUGAACUUGACCAGAGCCGCUUGCACGUGCCGCUACCAGCUCGUAUUUAUUGAGUUAGAAACAGAGGGAAAAAAAGAAAAUUCAAUAAGAAUCUCGAGUGCUAUUUAUGACCACACGUCCUCAUUUGUGCCUUUAGAUGCACAAACAAUUGUUUUUUUUUUGUUUGUGUACAGUUCCAGUUUUUGGAAGAAAUAUUCUUUUA